AAGCAAUGUAGAGGAACUAAAAAAAAUCCGUUUUAGGCUACUGGGAUAUUUUGCAGUUUCUUUUUUUUCUUCUUUUUUUCAUUGGGGCAACCUCAGAGCAGGCCCAACUUGCUCCCACCUUGAUAGCUCCGUCGCAGGCAGCAGAUUGCCAUAUAAAGACACAACGUCUUUCAUUUGUCUUAGUGAAGUUGUCCUGGGUUGCAUGUCACUUCCUUCCUAGUACAUUUGAAUAGAUUCGUUGUCAGUUGACUUCUGAGGGAGAGACAGUGCACUGCCUGUCAAGCAGUGAGAGCAGCAGACACACUGAAGGAAGGAGAGUGAGUCAGAGACCACACAGACAAGCCUUCCAGUCAACUCACCUCCCUAAGAUUCCACAAGAUGGCUGCUCCAGCACAGAUCUCUCAGGAUGAGUUGGAGGAACUGAGAGAAGCCUUUGCUAAGAUCGAUGUCGAUUCUCACGGCCACAUUGGCACAGAUGAGCUCAAUGACCUGUUCAAAGCUGCCAACCUGCCAUUGCCAGGAUACAGAGUCCGAGAGAUCAUCCAGGAUCUCACCAAGACAGGAGACCUGCAUGACGGCAAAGUCACCUUCAACGAGUUUGCCAAUGUCGUCCAUGGACUGAAGAGCACAGAGGUGGCUAAGACCUUCAAGAAAGCUAUCAACAAGAAGGAGGGCAUCUAUGCUGUAGCAGGAACCUCAGAGCAGUCCAGCUCAGGCACACAGCACUCCUACUCAGAGGAGGAGAAGGUGGCUUUUGUGAACUGGGUGAAUAAGGCAUUGGAGAAAGACUCAGACUGCAAGCAUGUCCUCCCCAUGGACCCCACCACUAACGACCUGUUCACCGCUGUCGGAGAUGGGAUCGUUUUAUGUAAGAUGAUCAAUCAGUCUGUUCCGGACACCAUCGAUGAGAGAACCAUCAACAAGAAGAAGCUCACACCCUUCACCAUCCAGGAGAAUCUGAACCUGGCUCUUAACUCUGCGUCGGCCAUCGGCUGCCACGUGGUAAACAUCGGAGCAGAGGACCUGAAGGAAGGCAGGCAGCAUCUGGUCCUAGGCCUGCUCUGGCAGGUCAUCAAGAUCGGCUUGUUCGCAGACAUUGAGAUCAGCAGAAACGAAGCUCUGAUAGCCCUGCUGAGGGAUGGGGAGAGCCUGGAGGACCUGAUGAAGCUUUCCCCAGAGGAGCUGCUGCUGCGCUGGGCCAACUACCACCUGGAGGAGGCCGGCUGUUCCAAGAUCAACAACUUCAGCUCUGACAUCAAGGAUUCCAAGGCCUACUACAACCUCCUGAACCAAGUGGCCCCUAAGGGAGAUGAGGAGGGAAUCCCUCUGAUUGCCAUCGACAUUUCAGGAAUAAGGGAGAAAGAGGACAUAAAGAGAGCAGAGUGCAUGUUGGAGCAGGCUGACCGUCUUGGCUGCCGACAGUUCGUCACAGCAACCGACGUAGUCCGCGGCAACCCCAAGCUGAACUUGGCGUACAUUGCCAACCUGUUCAAUAAGUAUCCUGCCCUGAAGAAGCCAGAGAACCAGGACAUUGACUGGAGCUCCAUCGAGGGUGAGACCAGAGAGGAGCGCACCUUCAGGAACUGGAUGAACUCCCUGGGGGUCAACCCUCGUGUCAACCACCUCUAUGUGGACAUAGAUGAUGCUUUGGUCAUCUUCCAGCUCUAUGAGAAGAUCAAUGUGCCAGUGGAUUGGGACAGAGUAAACAAACCCCCUUACUCCAAACUGGGCAGCAACAUGAAGAAGUUGGAGAACUGUAACUAUGCAGUGGAGCUGGGGAAGAAUGAGGCUAAGUUCUCCCUGGUGGGCAUUGCUGGACAGGACCUGAACGAGGGCAACAGAAAACUCACCCAGGCCCUGCUGUGGCAGCUGAUGAGGAGGUACACGCUGAACAUUCUGGAGGAGCUUGGUGACGGGCAGAAGGUGAAUGACGACACCAUCGUCACCUGGGUCAACGACACACUCACACAGGCUGGCAAAGGCACCAUCUCUGGAUUCAAGGAUGGGUCCAUAGCCACCAGUAUGCCAGUCCUGGACCUGAUUGAUGCCAUCCAGCCAGGCUCCAUCCGCUAUGACCUAAUCAAGGUGGAGGACCUGACUGAGGAAGAGAAGCUCAAUAACGCCAAGUAUGCCAUCUCCAUGGCCAGGAAAAUUGGAGCGCGGGUGUACGCCCUGCCUGAGGACCUAGUGGAGGUGAAACCUAAGAUGGCGAUGACAGUGUUCGCCUGCCUGAUGGCCCGGGGCAUGAAGAGGGUGUAGGGGUCAUAACCCCACAGAACACAUCACAUGAAGAGGUGAUCAGUAUAACAACCAGAAUCAGGUUACAGAAGAUAUUAGCUCACUAGGUCAAUACUAAUUCAGUAAUGUAGCUAGUAUGUCUGGAAAUCAGUGAUUCAAAACUCAGAGCUGAUAAUGAAGAGCAGAAAACAAAUAAUAAUACUGUACCUGGAGUUAUACAAAAUAUUUUUUACAAAAUGUAGCAUCUUAUUUUGAUAAGAUUUAACUCUUUUUUUUUUUAACAUAGAAACUUAUUCACUUGAUGCUAUUAAUUUCAAAUUGGGACCAUUUUGCUUUCAGACUAACAUUUGUGAAAAGAUAUCAGGGAAACAGAUUUUUAUAUAAAAUAAUUUAAAACAAA